AACCAAAAUUUCAGUCUUUAUAGGCAGGUAGUUAUUCGAUGUUUUUAUUCUUUCAUAAAUGAAAUAUUUUUUGUUUUUACAGAGAAUAGAGAUGUUGCUAUACGUUUGUAUCCUACUGAUUGCGGCACUCCAUGGAGGUCACGCAUCCCUCAUCGAUGACACCGCCAAUGAGGUCGAAGUUGUUGACGACGAGAUGAAGACAUCUUUGACAUCCCCACCCGGCGUUCAGAAUUUUCUCGGCGUUGGUUAUGACAUCAUCGAUGGAAACCCAGAAGGUGGAGAAAUCAACAACGGUGGCGUUGACCCAGGACUCAAGACUACAUUCCGUGUAUUUGACUUCACCUACGACAAGGGCAUUGAAAUGUAUGGUUAUGCUAUACCAGACCAAGUAAGCUAUGUCGAUAGACAGAGCUCCGUCUCAACCUCAUCACGUGACAUCUUUCAUGGGACUCAAAGUUACGUUCAAAAGUUGGAGAAGGAAAGCAAUAUCAGGGGAAGUGCAAAAAUCAUUCGUGGGAGAUUUUCUAAGAGCAAGAACUAUGAGUCGAUCCAGGCAGGGGUUGAAUACCGUGGACUGGUAUACUACGAGAACAAGACAGUUGCUUUAGAAGCAGAAGCUCGGUAUAACUGGGAGCUAGCUGAACAAGAACAGUACCCCCUUGACAAUGGGUUUGUAGUGGAGGCUUGUAGUCUGCCCGCAUCCUACAAUGAAACCAACUAUAUGCAGUUCGUGCAGAGAAGAGGAACACACGUUGUGACGUCAGUUAACCUCGGAAGUAGGAAGAUUGAGCGAUAUGAAGAAGAGACACAAGGAUUCGUCCACUAUGCCAGGGAAAAUGUAGCGAAGAGUACCUCCCUACGAGCUGGCUUCAUGGGUUACAGUAUUGGUCUAGCUGUUGAUAUGGAAGAAUUCAAGGCUAACCUAGGAUCUGGGAUGAAGUUCGGUUCCAAAACCCACACCUUCACAUCUGGUAGUUUUGAACCGAUCCACACUGGUCUUGAUGAGAUAGAUGAGGUCUUUAAGGCAGAGUAUUGGACAAGGUUUGAGGACUAUGUAGCUGCAGGAUUAUGUGAUCCUAGCUGGAUAGAUACUCGUGAGAGCGUCGCUAAGAACAUGAUGACUGCUCUGACAGGGUAUGCAGUCUGGAGGAACGCACAGGACGCUAUAGAUCAUAACUUGGUUGCCAUUCCCAUCACCUGGCCUAAGGGGAAGUACACACUUCCCAAGCCAACAACCGGUUGCCCCAAUGCCCACUUCACCUUCCCCGAUGGUUACCGCUACCAUGACACUGAGGAUAAGGAUAGCAACAACCACUGGUCCUCUUCUAAUCAUCUAGCUGGCUACAAGAACAAGAACAACAUGGAGCAUUGGUUCUGCUCCAAGACCAGGGAGGAAGAGGAUAUCUAUGACUGGGCUUUCCAGCCAGGGAAGUACUGCGUGAUGAGGAAAGGUUCUAGCUGUCCUGCCGGUCUCAAAAGUGGAAGCAUAUAUUGGGACGAUGAGGACGAUAGCAAUAAGAACCGUUAUGGAGGUGACAUGCCUUCAGGUGGCUUUGGUAGUAACACACAAAUCGACUACUGCUGUAGGACAGACGGGGAACCAUCAGUACCUAUAUACCUGCCAACAGACAAUAACUUCCUCUUGAUGAAGUACAAUCACCAAUGUCAGCAGGUACAUGGAAUGAGAGUGUCAGGUGAAUAUCUUCGAUGGGAUACUGAAGAUCGUAAGAACAAAGACGACGCCUGGGGCUACCAUGCGUACACAGGAAGUGGUAUCGUCAUUGAAUACUGCUACUAUCAACCAGAAUAGACAUGUCACUAUUAAUGGGGGCGUCGCA